CAGAAACAUUGCAACAGCAGCAGCAAAAUCAGCAAAUAAUAAGCAAUAAGUUGGAACAGCUUCCCUUUAUACUGCAACUCCAUCCUCGCUUAAUGCAAUAACCACUGCUUCUCCUUGCUUCGCCUAAGGAUAUUUUCUUCUUGUGAAACGCAUUCCCCGAAAUCAGUCAAGCUGGCGUCGUUAAAGCAGCGGAAUAACAACAAUACAAUAAGCAAUUAUAAUAAUAAUAUAAUGUGGAGUAGUACAAUAUCGCCAACCAACUCUAAGAAACUAUUGAUCGGUAGCACACGAAGCGUUGAUUAUGUCGGUGAUAGUGCAAGGACAGCAGCAGGCAAUUACAAAACAGGAGCACCAGCAGCAGCAGCAGGAGCCAAAGGAUCAAAAGCCAAAGCCACCGCAAUUGCAGCCACAGCCACAGCGGCAGCGAGCACAACCAAGAUCUCAAUUGAAAUGGAGCUUCAUAUACAGAAUAAGUGCAUUUCGGCAUAGCGCAUCACUCUGGAGGGCGGUGCGGAGCCGCCAUGGCUGCAGGGCCCCCUUAAAGCCGCUUUUUUGGGGGCUACUGGCGUCGGCAAAACAAGCAUAUUACAGCAAUUUUUCUACCAUGACUUUCCCAAGACUCAUCAGACGACAACGCGUCGGAAGAUUUAUAAAAACUGUCUGGUCUGCGACACCUGCAUACGUGAGCUGAUGGUACUGGACGUUCCACCCCAGAAGCGAUUUCCGGCUGACAACUUCGCCGAAUGGAACAACGGACAUCCGCUGGGGCUGCGAACGGUGCACGCCUAUGUCCUCGUCUACGACAUGGGCAAUUUGGAAACAUUUCAGUACUGCCGCUCGAUGAGAGAUCAAAUCUUGGACAGUUUCAGUCAUCGUGAUUUUAGCAUAAUUGUGGUUGGCAAUAAAUUUGACAAUGUGACUGAGGCGCAGGCCAACUCGCAGGAGCUCAAGGAUAUUUCCACGCUGGUGCGCAAACAUUGGCGCUGCGGCUACGUCGAGUGCUCGGCGCAAUACAACUACAAAAUCGGCGACGUAUUCCGUGAGCUGAUGGGCUGCACCAGUACGGGAGGAGGAGCUGGCGGCGGAGCGGGAGGCGGCGGCGGCGGCGGAGGAGGAGGAGGUAUGACCGCGAGCAGUGUCCUGGCCGGCGCUGAGUACUCACAAUCAACUAGGAAUAAAGGACGCUGUACAAUACUUUAGCAAAUGUUGCAUAAGUUUUUUAAGCAAACGUUCUGAUCUGGCGCGCAUUAUACCCGAGUGAAUUCUUUAUCAGCAGCAGCAGCUGUCAGCGGACAUCGGGCAGCGAGCAGGGGGCAAGGUGCACCAUGGCGUAUACGUAAUGUCCUUUAGCGGUGGCGUAUACGCAAUCUAGCUGGCAAAGACACAACAACGACAUUGUAGCCCCCUGCGAACGCUUGCAGAUGCAUAUUUUAGCAUAAACUUUUAGUGGCCACACUCCGCCUCCCCCGCUUCCCUUCGCUGCUUUUGUUUGCCAUUAUUACAACAUUUUGCUAGCUGCCUUUACGGGCAGCGCUCCUUGCUGCGCUCAUUUAAAUGGCAAUGGGGGGCUGCCGAACGAAGGAUACAUACGUUUGGCCAGCGGUCCGAGAUCCCGAUUCCGACAUCCUUGCUGACAACUUUAGUGCAUUCGCAUUUGCAAUUCAAUGCCCGUGCGCCGGCAGGAAGUGCAGCUGCCAUUAAUAUGCGGAGUGCAAUAUCCCUGGAGUGCAGAGCAACAAUUGCGGCAAAAGUUUGAUUUUAUAUCGUUAUUGUCAUUACCAUCGUUACGGUUAUUAUUUCUGUCGUGGAACGUAAAUAGGCAAUUAAUCCCACCAUAAUUUACAAUACAUUUUAUGUACGAACGAAUAACCUUGUUAUCGAAACAAACCAAGAGCGUAUAAGUACUUAAGUAGUUGACCUAAGCUAUACACGUAUAUGUAAACAUACUUUAACGUUGUGAUCAUUUCAAGAAUUAGUUUUUAAGCCAACAACAAAACAAAGAUGUCAGUUAUUGCCAAAUGUCAAGUCUCCGAAACUGGAACAUAAAACGUACGUAAUUUUAGGAGAGUUAAUAAAUAGCCUUAGGUGCGAGUAACCGGGAAUAGAGAUGUCGAGAUCCUCCCAAUUCCCUGAAAUCAAAGUGUUACAAUCAUGACAUUCAAAUGCUCCAAACUACAGUAAACUUGUACAUUAUUUGAGAACUCAAACAGGAGAGUUAAUAGGGGAUUAAAUAAGUUCAGGGCUCUUUACACGGCGCCCGAUUUACAUAAAACACAACAACACGUCAUAAAGUCAAUAAUCAAAACAAUUUCCAUAACUGCAGUUGUUAAUAUUUCAAAUAUAUUGAAUAGUUUCCAACGAUUUUAAAAUGUCUCGGCGUGUAAGGAGCCGUGAUCAGGACGCCUUAAGACACCAGAAGCAAAUAUUUCGUAGUAGAUCUAGCACUAAAGUAAGAUUACAAUUGGAUUGAAGCGCACAAAGAACCGACGACGAUUGUGUUAUUAUUUUUAGUGAUAAUGCCAUUAACCACGACAUACUCGUACUCGAAAUUGUUAGACAUCAGCGUUUGUGUAGCGUAGAGUAGUGAUAUCAAACUGAUCUAGCCGAUCGAUUUAUUAGCUAGGCAAUGGCAGCGUGUCGCCCUACUGCUCUAUCCGCUGGACACCGCCAUCUACACUAAUCUCAGUUUCCACAAAACACGCACAUGCCACACACCGAUCUCUUUCUUUACCUCAAGAAAACCACUCAAACUACUCAACAGAAAAGCAAUCAAGGCUGACUUUGUACAUAGAGAUUUCAAAAGAAGAACUUUGCGAAAAUGCUAUGGAAACCGACUUUUACAGCAAUAUAAGUAAGCUCUAACUGAUAUUCAAGGUAGAUAACUGGGCGCACUGCCAAAAAUUGGUUCCACUCCCAGUUGAGUGCUCGGUUAAGGUUCUAGGAAUAUAUAAUAAUAACUAAGCUAAAAACGAGAUUCGAAACAAUUUUUUAACGUUAUUUCCAAAGGUAACCAAUACAACAAAUAAUAACAAGUAAUUAACUAAAUAUUUGUGGCUUUGAUAAAGGACAUAUACCAUUUAAUAUUAAAGAUAAACAAAACAGCUUAGUUGGCUUAUUUGUUGAGGCGACCGAAAUUACACACUCUCUGGCAUUAUCUUCAAUUGGAAAUUGUCUCUUCAGCAAAUAAGUAACUGAAAAGCAUUAACAUCAACAUAUUUAUAUAACACAUACAUACCUAUAUAUACAUACAUAUACACAUAUAUAUCUAACGAUAAUUGCCUUUGGUUCGAGUUUUUGUCUUUGAUUUUCAACAUUUACGGAUUCGUCAAAAUGGCUGUUAAUUUUUUGUGGAAAUAAUUAAAAACGCUAAAUGCAAACCGUUAAAGGGAAUUAAAUGAAAACAAAACAAACAUAAGUGCAACAAGGAAAAUUGUUGAAUUAUUUAUAUUUAAGCAACGCGUUGCCUGCGACAGUUUGAAGCGAGAAUAAGUGAGAGGAUUAAAUAAGUGUAGCAAUAUACCAAUUAAAAUCUCAUCUUUAAAGUAUGUAUUAACGAAUCAAAAGCUUCAGCCGCUUGUUGUUUGUUCAAAGCAUUCAAAAGUACGUAUGUAAGUAGCCUUAAGUGAAAGCUGCUACGUUUAGAUAAGUAUUGCAAAGGCGCAUCAUCGUGUCAUCAUGUGGCGCCCAUGAUCUCUGUUAUUUUUUUGUAAUAAAAGGCAAGACGCGAGCCAGGGAUAUGUAGAGACAAAUUGUUAAUUGGAUAGAAGCUAGCCACAGAAUAGCAAGAGAAUCGCACCGAACCUAAAUCUUAAGCAAUGGAAUAACAAAAUGUCGGCCGGAAACGGAUGCAACCAAAUUGUACUUAGUGUAGGAUGCACUACAUAAAGGCAUGCGAUGUACGAUGAAUAUUCGCCGACAAACAACCGUUAGAAAAGUAGAGAACGUUUUUGAAAAAUGCG